CGAGCUCUGCCGCCAGUGGCUGCGGCCCGAGACCCACAGCAAGGAGCAGAUGCUGGAGCUGCUGGUGCUGGAGCAGUUCCUGGCCGCCCUGCCCGGGGAGCUGCGGGCCCGGGUGCGCGCGCAGCACCCGCGGAGCGGGGAGGAGGCGGUGGCGCUGCUGGAGGACUUGGAGAGGGAGCUGGACGAGCCUGGGCAGCGGAGUCCAAGUCUUGAACACCAAAAAGUGACUACAGCAAAAAAAGCAAAACUGAAACCAGAUAGUGGAAGAUCAUUCCAAGAGGCCUGGACAGAGUCAUUCGGGGUGAUUGAACGCAGUGGGAAAGCGUUAUGUAUUCUGUGUAGUAAAAGUGUUGUGUGUCGCACAUCAAGUGUCAGACGGCACUUUGACACCAACCACAGAAGUGUUGCCGAACUUGGUGAAACUGAAAGGAAAGAAUUUCUUGAAGGAAAAUUGAGGAAGUACCAUUUCCAGUAUCUUAGUUUUUGCAACUAUCUUUCUAAAACAAAUCAUCUGACAGCUGCCAGCUUUCAAAUUUCACUGAGCAUAGUAAAACAUGAUAAAGCCAUAUUUGAAGAACUUGAUCUUUCCUGCUUAUACUGGUUAGAUUGUGGAAAUCUGGAAAUGGAACUAUUGGAAUUUCAAGAAAGCUCUAUCUGGAAAAACAAAUUCUGUGACUUGCGUGCAACACUUGAGGAGAUAGAGAAGACAGAGUGUGAAGGGAGGACAAAGGACAGCACAGUCGGUAGUUCUGAAAAUGAAAUCCUUAAAGUGUGGAAUUCGCUGCCAGAUAAUUUUAAGUCAAUGAAAGCACUUGGGAUUGCUUUUCUUACUUUGUUUGGAUCAUCUCAUGCUUGUGAGCAGCUGUUUUCAGCUUUGAAUUUUAUUAAAUCUGAUAGAAGAAACAGACUAACAGAUGACCUGAGUGCUGCAUAUGUUGCUCUCAAACUAACAAAAUAUGAGCCAAGGUUUGACAAAUUAUCAGCAUGCAUACAACAGCAAAGAUCACAUUAACUGUGCAAAAGCACACCAAAUGCAAAUUCCUACUUUUCAAUAAAAAAAAUUUGUAUCUUUGAAAGCUC